UCAACAGCGCAACUUCUCAUCUCUCCCUUAACUAUCAUUUCCUUGAUGAAUGAAAAACAAUUACCCCAUCAUCGAUUUUCACCCGCCAGAAUAUCAGAAAAAAAUAAAUCACCUGUCGUCAUGAUUUAAAAAUCCAGUGAACGUUUCCUCCCAGUGAGUGACCAAUAUUAAAUAAAAAAAAUUAGUAGAUUUUAAACAUUUGUUUAAACAUGAGGGAUUCAACCAUGUGGACUGUGGGAUUUAUUUUCUUACACUUGUGGAUUUUUGGAGACACGAGGAAUUCGUUAGCUGAUAUUUCUGAAAUGUCGUGUUGCUCGUAUGCCACUGGGUCCUGCCGCAGUGUCUGCUCUCAGAUUUCUCUUGUGGCCCUGGGAGCCGAUCCAAUUGCCCGAGAGAAUUCCUCUCGACAAUUGCAAGAGUUCUGUUCAAUGGAAUUGACGCAAUUUUGGACGUGCGUCAAUUCUACCCUCGAUGAAGCGAGAAAAAAUGAGGAUUGGUCAGGUCGUCAGUGCUGUCAGCUAGCUCAAUACCCAAUUUGUCAGUCGACCUGCGCCCUCGCGGGUAGCAGAGAGUCCCUGAGAGGCUCAUGUCGUCCAAGUGACGAGCCUGAAUUUUACACCUGCCUAGAACGACGGGAAGACGGUGAGAAAUGCUGCAGCAACGUCUCCAACGCCACCUGCCGAGCAGUCUGUCGUGAAUUGUUCGACAAUCCGAAGAAGCCGUCCAGCCUGAAGGUAUACAGCAGCAAAGGCUGCUUCCACCAGGUGCCCAAGUGCUUGAAGAAUGUGGCAGACGCCCCAAACGCAGAGAAUCCAAAACAAUAUUUGCAGUGUUGUCACGAGGCACCUAACGCCCCCUGUCUGGAUGCCUGCCGUCACGUCCUUCUGACAGCAGUGACUAUUAAAGAUAUUUUGGACACCCUGGAGGAAAAAUGUCCACCAGUCCAGCCGCACUCGCCCUUCUGGAGUUGCUUCCUCCAAGCAUCUCCAAUCAAACCAUCGAGGCUACCCCUGGACAUCGGUAAAUUGGGCUGUUGUUCUCGUGCUGCCAGCGCCACCUGUCAAAGUCUUUGUUGGCGGGCAUUUCGGGCAGACUGGGAAGCGGCGUCGAUUCAACUGGAGUCCGAGUGUCUUCCUGCGAGUGCUGAAGGAGAGCUCAGAAGGUGUCUGGAGGAUGCCGAUGAACCCUGCGAGCUGGGGUGCACUGGCCUAUCCUACUGCUCAAAUUUCAACAACAGACCGACAACUUUAUUCAGAACCUGCUCUGCGGAAUCGGAUAUAACGGCCAAACAGGAAGUGGACCGUUGGGCUCGCGGCGCCGUAAUUCGAGGCCUGGGUGUCCCUGUCCGCGUCGACCCAUCCUGCCCGGCCGAGUCCCUCAAAGCAGCCGUCUGCUUCCUUCAGCUUCGCCCGUGUGAGCCUCAAGUUCACGAAACGCGUCUCUGUAGAAACGACUGCAUCGACCUUCUGACGAACUGCGUGGACUGGUCCCUGACACCCGGCACCCAAUCCGCAAUUUCCCUCUGCUCCCACCUGUCUCCUCCUCGUCCCGAAAUGCCCUGCAUCUCCCUGAAACCCUUCAUCAGCCCCAUUCUCCCUGAGAAGGGACGGAUCACAAAUCCCUGUCGAGAUUCGCCAUGCGGAAAAUCCGAAGUGUGCAUUCCGCAACACAAUAUGUCGGACAACUCGACGGCCUACGAGUGCCUUCCAGGUUGUGUUCUCGGUGAGAUGUCACAUCUCCACGUACCCCAGAACACGUGGGUACAGAUCCCGAGGGAAGACCAGAUCGGCUGCCUGAGAAUCUGCCAGUGCACGCAAAAUGGUGUCGAAAAAUGUCGCAAUCUCAAUUGCUUUCCCGUCAACUCCUGCUUCAUUCAAAAUCGAUACAUCCCUCACAGAACGAAAUUCUACCUGGACUGCAAGCCCUGUCUCUGCUUCGAGGGUGAGAUAACGUGUUCUAGACGACCCUGCGGGGACCAACGUCUUCCAUCACUCCCCUGCGAGUGUCCAGCCCAUUACGUACCGGUCUGCGGACGAUCCGGCGUGACUCUAGCCUCCGCAUGUAUCGCUAAGUGUCGGGGCCUCGAGGACGAUGACUUUGAGUUCGGUAGCUGUUCAUUUAGGGAUCCCUGUGCGGGGAAUCCCUGUGGCAGUGGGGAAAAGUGUGUGAGAAGGGCUAGGGUCUGUCUGGCCCCAAUUUACAAACCGUGCAAACAGUAUGAGUGUGUCUCAUCCAACUGUGAGGUCAGGAGGAAGGGAUCAGUGGAACGGCCGGUUUGCGAUAAGGAUCAUCGAGAGCACAAGUCAGUUUGUGAUUUGGUGAAGAGUGGAGGGGCUAUCGGCUACUGGGGGCCUUGUUUGAGGGACUGCAGCCUGAGGGGCCCAGUGUGUGGGAUCAAUGGCGAGGUUUAUGCUAAUGAGUGCGCGGCGUGGGCCGAGAAUACUAUUAUGGAUUAUUUUGGGCCUUGUAUGGCGGUUGGGCGGGCUGGGGAGGGCUGUGGGGAAGCCGUCAAGUGUCCGGAUAUUCCUGAAGGCUGUCCUGGGGUUAUUCCACCUGGCGCAUGCUGCAGAGUAUGCGGAGCUGCUGCCAGAUUGUUUUAUUCUAGGAAGCAGGUGGAUCGAAUAUACUACAUGAUGGACGAAGAAAGAGACAAAGACGCCGUGACUUUAGAGUCCCUCCUAACAGCCCUAGGUCGUCAAAUCCAAAUAUCCCAAUGCGUUCUUCGUGGAGGAAUGACACCAGAGGGCGACGUCUUCAUCAUCAUCCAACCAACCUCCAAAUCUCCAUCGCUGCUCGAGCAUCGCGCGUGUCUCGCUGAGUUAGAGAAAAUAGUCACUAGAAUCGCAGAGAAGAGUCCAAAAGCAAUGACGGAAGUGCCUUUGGGCUCCCUAACAGGCGGAGAAAUGAUUGACGAAAAGCCGUCAUCAGCGUCAACAUGGCGGACACUGACGCUUCUUCUUCUUUUGCCAUUCUUAAUCGUCGGAAUUAUUACGUAACACAAAGAAAAAAUAAUUCUUGUUUC